AUGGGCUCCAACCAGACUUCCAAUUCCUCCAACAGGACCUCCAACGAAACAUCUAGCGAGGUCCCCGUCCAAACAUCUAACCAGACUCCCAACCAGCGCUCCAACAACAACACCCAAAACCCCUCCGCCAAAGCUCAGCCCAAGGUUGACGAUGUAUUUGCCUUCCCCCACCCAGCAGGCGACGGCAUGCGUCGCUACAUGGCCCCUUCUCUCUUCCAGCCGCAUAAUGCUCGCCAGGCGAUUCGAGAUGCGCAUGCCAAAAAGAUCCCCCCACUCAUUGGGUACUAUGCCGGCCUGAGCUCGAUUGCCAUUACCCGGUUUGUGGCGCCCAUGGGGUUUGACAUGGUGUGGAUUGACUGGGAGCAUACAAGUUGUGGGGUUGAGAGGAUGACUACCAUGGUACAUGAGAUCAUGUUCAUGUCCGGAGGGCGCACGAUCCCCUUCGUCCGCAUCCCUGGAAACGACCACGCUUCCAUAGGCUACGCUCUCGACGCCGGCGCAUCCCUUAUCAUCCCCCAAGUCGAGACUCCCUCCCAAGCCCGCCACGCAAUCGCUGCCUCCAAGUUCGGCGCCUCGCAAGGCGGCACCCGCUCCGUGCCCCCCUUCCGCCUGAUCCCCGGUCUCACCGACCUGCCCGCCGACGGUUUAGACUCAGGCCGCGACGUCUGGAAGAACUGGAAUGACCGCGCCGCGGUGAUGAUCCAGAUCGAGUCCCUCAAGGGGAUUGAAAACCUGGACAGUAUACUAACCGAGGUGCCGGAGAUAGAUAUCGUGUGGUUAGGAGCGCUGGACUGCAGGGUAAGCAUGGGUCUGAGCGCGAACUUAGGGAUGGGGGAGGAGAAGGAGUGGGUGGAGGCGGUGGAGAGGUUUAGGGAGGUUUGUAAGAAGCAUGAUAAACCGAUGGGGGGUUUCUGUUUUGUGGGCGGAGAGAAUAUGGUGAAGAUGGCGAGGGAUUAUAGCUUGUUGGUGCAUUGUGCGGAUGUGCUGAAGUUGUAUGAGAUGUUUGGAGCGCUGGUGGAAGCGAGAGGGGUGUUGAUGAAGGCGGGGAUUGGGGCAAACUAA